GAAUAUUAAAUACUUAAAUGUUCAGUUUAACUUUAGAGUUCGGUCUCAUUCAGCAAUUUUGAAUUUUGUAGAAUAUUUUUACUUUAAAGCUAAUUAUUUAUUUUUCAAUGUUAUGAUAGAUUUUAAAAACCUUGAAAAAUACUUGAUUAAAUAAUUUUUACAUAUUGUUCCAUUUUUAAAUCUCAACCUGGCUGCAGAAAUCUUACAAAGUGCCGAUGGAAUUUUGCAAGAAGAGACCAUUUCAGAAGAAUCUGUUGUAAAUAUAUUGGAAGUAAGGAUUAACCCAAAUACUAAUGAUGAUUCAAUUGAAAACUUGUCAACAUCGGUUAACAAUAGUAUUCUCAAAAAUAACAAAAACGAACCAGUCUAUGUUAAUUCAGAUGUGGACAACACAUAUCUAAAAGUAUUUAUAAAUAAAGUUCAUUUAUCUGAAGAUGGUUUACGAUUAUCUAUAAAGAUAUUAUGGAACAUUGUUAAAGAUGAUCGACAAACUGAAGACUGGAUUGGAUGUUACAAAUUAGUCUAUUUGAGAAUGAGAUAAUGAGUUAUGUACCAGUAAGAGUCAGAGACACAAGAGUAUCUCCUCAACAAUCGCCUAUAAUGAAUAGGGCAAAUAGAACAGUUCCUCCAUUCAAAAGAGAUUUUGAAGCAAAACUUAGGAACUUUUACAAAAAAUUGGAAACUAAAGGAUAUGGACAAGGACCAGGAAAACUUAAAAUUGAUGUACGGCGAGAUCAUCUACUUCAAGAUGCWUACAAUAAAAUAAUGAGCAUGCCUAAAAAAGAUUUACAAAAAUGUAAACUAUCUGCACAGUUUGAUAACGAAGAAGGACUUGAUUAUGGUGGACCAUCAAGAGAGUUCUUCUUUUUGAUAUCCAGAGAAUUGUUCAAUCCCUAUUACGGCCUUUUUGAAUAUUCGGCUAAUGAUACUUAUACUGUUCAAAUAUCACCUAUGUCGGCGGCAUUUGUAAAUAAUAAAGAAGACUGGUUUAGAUUUAGCGGACGAGUUUUAGGUUUAGCAUUAGUMCACCAAUAUCUAUUGGAUGCUUUUUUCACUCGGCCAUUUUACAAAACUCUAUUAAAGCUACCUAUGAGUUUGAGCGACUUAGAAUCUGUUGAUCGAGAAUUCCAUCAAUCCUUAUGUUGGGUACAAGAAAGAGAUAUAUCAGGAGAAAUGUUGGACUUAACAUUUUCAGUCACUGAAGAAGUAUUUGGUCAAACAGUUGAAAAGGAGUUAAAACCUGGAGGUCAACGAAUUUUUGUUACUGAUAAAAAUAAAAAGGAAUAUAUAGAUAAAAUAGUAAAAUGGCGAUUGGAACGUGGUGUUACCGAACAAACUGGAGCUCUGGUUCAAGGAUUUUAUGAUGUAGUUGAUCCACGAUUAGUAUCAGUCUUUGACGCUCAAGAAUUAGAACUAGUCAUUGCCGGAACUGUUGAAAUAGAUUUAUCUGACUGGAGAAAUAACACAGAAUAUAGAUCAGGUUACCAUGAUGGACACCAAGUUAUUAGAUGGUUUUGGUCUUCAAUAGAACAGUUUACUAAUGAGCAAAGAUUAAGACUACUUCAGUUUGUAACUGGCACAUCUAGUAUACCUUACGAAGGAUUCUCUGCUCUUCGUGGUUCAAAUAGUCCCAGAAAGUUUUGUAUUGAAAAGUGGGGCAAAGCCAACAGUUUACCCAGGGCACAUACAUGUUUCAAUCGUCUAGAUUUACCACCAUACACUACUCAAAACAUACUUUGUGAAAAACUUUUGUUAGCUAUAGAUGAAAGUAAUACGUUUGGAAUGGAGUAAUAAGUCUUUUUAUAUUUUUUUAUAGCUAAAUUCAGGCUAAAAAGCGUAGAAAUUACGAUUUAUAGACCAGAAAUUAAUUAUUAUUGAACAUUUUUAAGAUUUUUUUUUGUUAUUUUAUAUAUAAAAAACCUUUA